AUGGAAGAUUUCUAUCGCACGAGCGACACAGAGUCGCUGCAUGAGAAAUACGUGCACAGCUUCACGGACGAUGCUACACUGAUUAUGGGGCCGAAGCAGGCCCAGGGAGCGAGUGAGAUCUUGACACUCCGCCACGGUCUCUGGACUCAUGUUGCCUCGCGCCACCAUACACCCACGCGCAUCUUCUUCGGCGGCAACGACGAGAUCAUGUUGUAUGGCGGGGUCAAUUACAGACUCAAGGCGGACCCGGAAAAGGAUGUUUAUGUGCCCUGGGCAGGAAGAGUGGUAUUUGCGCCGAAGACGGAGGGCGAGGGGAUGAAGAUGCGGUUUUAUCAGGUGUAUCUGGAUCCGUCGGCCCAGUCGGGGAAGAAAUAA